ACUAUUUCUGGGGGGAAAAGGCGGACGCGUGAGAUCCGGAACCAAUUGAUAUCGGUAGCGUGUUCCUAGAGGGACGUUUUUUGCCGUGGCACUGUUGUUGUCAACAUUUUGUCCAGUCGUACAUGUCGAAGCUGUCUGCUGAAUAAAUACAAUUUACAGAAUGACAGAUGGUCCAGAAACGCAGCCUAACUAUGAGGAGCAGUUUGCCCACCGGUUCACUCUCGAGGACCCGGAGUACCAGCAGUACGUGAGUCGCCCCGCCAACCCCCCGCCACUGGUAGAGGACUGGGGAGGGCGUGGAGGUGGAAACAACCGGGGCAGAGACAACAGAUCACAGGACCGUGGCGGGUACAGGGGCCGGGGUUGGGGAGGGGACAGGGGCCGGGGUUGGGGAGGAGACAGGGACCGCGGGGGAGACAGGGACCGUGGAGGGGAUAGGGACCGCGGGGGAGACAGGGACAGGCGUUACGACCAGGGUGGUGGUGGGCAUCAGUCUGGAAGAUACAACUCCUACAACCAGAGACCAUCACAUUACGACCGCUACUGAACUGCUCUUACUGUGGAGUGACCUCGGAUCUCUCCAACCCUGUUCCUAGAGGGAGA